GACUCAUCCACUCUUUGUGAAAACCGCGGAGUUGUGUUGUCAGCCUCUUGGGUGCACAAGGCGUCGCACGGUGUCAGUUAUCUUUCUGUAGACUUUAGGGCUAACUCACUUCACGCCGAAUUAAGCCAAGGCAAACGGUUUAUUUUGUGCCUGUCUCUUUGAUUAAGUUUAUCUAAGGCACAAAAGCGACCUGAAUCCUUUUCAAAAAGACUUCAAAAAGAAAGACAGAACAGCCUGAUUGUCUAAAUAUUCUUGCUACCAAACAGUCUACCACACACUUUUACAACAUGUCUGGGGAAGACGCGCCAGCUCAGCAGCAGAACGCCGAGGAGCAGAAAAACCAGGAGACGAAAACACCCGCCGAGGAGCCGAAAGCCGAGAGCAAGCCAGACUCCCCGACCGCCCCUGCCGCCACUGAGGCGGCUGCAGCCCCGGCGGCAGCAGAGAAGGCACCGGAGGAGGACACCUUCACCUACCGCUCCCUGGUUCUCACCGGCUAUGGUGGCUAUGACAAAGUUAAGCUGCAGGUGAAGAAAGGGAAGCCGGCUCUGAAGGCAGGCGAGGUGAUGGUGCGGGUCAAAAUGUGUGGGCUCAACUUCGCCGAUCUCAUGGCUCGCCAGGGGCUCUACGACCGACUCCCGUCCCCGCCCGUCACGCCGGGGAUGGAGUGCUCUGGAGAAAUCGAAGCUGUCGGGGAAGAGGUGACGGACAGGAAAGUUGGCGACAAGGUGCUGGUCCUGAACCGCAGCGGUCUGUGGCAGGAGGUGGCGGUGGUGCCCAGCACCCACACCUUCCUGAUGCCCGAGGGCAUGAGCUUCGAGGAGGCGGCCGCGCUGCCCGUCAACUACAUCACCGCCUACAUGAUGCUCUUCGACUUCGGACACUUGCGCCCCAACCAGAGCGUACUCGUACACAUGGCUGCAGGUGGCGUGGGCAUCGCUGCCACUCAGCUGUGUCGUACCGUGAGUGACGUGACGGUGUUUGGCACGGCGUCGGCCAGCAAGCAUGAGGUCAUCACCGAGGGCGGAGUCAGCCAUGCCAUCGACUACCGGACAAAGGACUAUGUGGAGGAGGUCCGCAAGAUCAGCCCCAAAGGGCUGGAUAUCGUGCUGGAUCCUCUUGGAGGCUCCGACACCCACAAGGGCUACAACCUUCUCAAGCCUAUGGGCAAGCUCAUCAGCUACGGUGCGGCCAACAUGCUGUCGGGCCAGAAGAAGAAUCUGAUUGCGGUGGCCAAGACCUGGUACCACCAGUUCUCGGUGCACAGUCUGAGCCUGAUCCAGGGCAAUCGCUCGGUGUGCGGCUUCCACCUGGGCUACCUGGACACGGAGACGGAGCUCAUAGCCCAGGCCAUGGAGGCCAUCCUGACCCUCUACCGCCAGGGCAAAGUCAAGCCCCGCAUCGACUCUACCUUCCACCUCGAACAGGUGGGCGACGCCAUGCGUAAGAUGCAGGAGCGGAACAACAUCGGCAAGAUCGUCCUGACCACCGAGCCCAUGCCCGAGGAGGAGAAGAAGGAGGAGCCCAAAAAGGAGGAGGCCUCCAAGAAGGAGGACAAGAAAAAAGACGACAAGAAAAAGGACGACAAGAAGAAGGACGACAAGAAGAAGGAGGAGAAGAAGGAGGAGAAAAAAGAAGAGAAGAAGGAAGAAAAGAAGGAAGAGAAGAAAGAGGAGCCUAAGAAGGAGGAGCCUAAGAAGGAGGAGCCUAAGAAGGAGGAGGAGCCUAAGAAGGCGGAGAAUUGAGAACGAUCCAUUAGUCAGUGGCAGACUAGUUGGGGUCCUUCUUAAGAUUUUUUGGGGGAGGGAGAGGGUAGAGAUAUUGUAUGUGUGUAAAUGCACGUGUUUGUGUAUAAGUGUGCGUGCGUAAGUGUGUAUGUUUGGGUGUGUGUGCGCGGCUUCAGUAUGCCUGUAUGUGUGUGUGCAGCUGUGUGACUGCGUAUAAAUGUGUGUGCAGGUGUGUGUGUGUGUGUGUGUGUGUGUGUGUGUGUGUGUGUACGUUUUGUGUAGUUGUAGGUUUGUUAGACAAGGGAGUAUGUGUGUUUUUAACAGUGCACAGUCCAGCACCCAGCCUCCCCUUCAGGCCUUUCUCUGUGACAGUAUCUCUGGAGCUUCACACUGCAUGUCCCGCGAAAAUACCCUUCGGUUAUAGCAGCGCAUCUUCUAAGGGCUACCCACACACCUACUCAUAGCCCUCCUACACACACACACACACACACACACACACACACACACACACACACACACACACACACACACACACACACACACACACACACACACACACACACACACACACACACACACACACACACUCACUCACUCACCAACAUCCUCCCAGUAAAGCUACUAUUGUUUAUUGUCACACAAAAAACGAUAUCUCUGCACCCAUGUUUGUGUGUUACAUUGCUAUUAUACUGUUGUAUUCUCUGCCUCUGAUACAACUCUGGAGCAGUAGUGCAUACCGUAUCUUUGUAUGUAACGUUUGACAUGUUAUUUCAACACUUAUGUAUUGCCGCUGUCCUAAUCCCUGAGAAUGUAUUGCACCAACUAGGUAUUCCAUCCUGAACAUUUCAACACUGUGGUAUUAUGAGAAGUGCAGGCGUUUGUUUUCUUUUCCGUCAUCACUACAAUUUGUUUAGCUCCAAUAUACUGUCACUCCCAGGGCUGUGUUGCAAAUCAAAUCAUGUUACGACCAUAUAGCCCAGGCUAUUUUGGAAGACCCUCUACAAAAAAAAGGUUUUGUAAGGCUGAGAAGUGCAGAUAAUGUGUUUGAUGUGUGUGUGUUUGUGUGUCGUGCUCAGCCCAUUUGAGAUGGCCAAACACACUACUACUCACUCCCGCGCCCACUUGCAAAGGACACUGGGUAAAUGGCCUGGCCUAGGGUUGACGGCUGUUGCCAUGACAACUGUGAUCCCUCUGCCUCCUGGACUGUCUGGUCUCCCCCUUUCUUGCUCCUUUGCUCUUUUGCUCUCUUUCUUUUGUCAAUUCUCUCUCAAUUUCACUCUGCCCUCUCUUUCUCUCUCUCUCUCUCUAACUCUCCCUCCUCUAGUCCUGCCACUCCUCUCUCUGCCCACCUCUUCAGCUGGAAGUCUUAACUCCGAUUUCUCUCGUCUCGUUACUAAGACGCCCACCUACUCGUACCGUACCUAUGUCCUUAUAUGGUCCUGACUGAAAGGCCACGGAUUCUACAGCGUAGCCACCCACCUGUUGCUUCAUCUGCCGAACAAAAUUUGUGUAAUUUGGCGUAUCGACGCUAGCAGUGACGCGCAUUAUCUGAUGAUGUCGCAUGGGCCCUGCACUAAUACAGUACUGUCUGCAAAGUAAACUACAUUACCCAUAGUGCUUUGCAUUCCACGGUGCCCUGGAAUCUCCUGCCCAUCAAUCUGAUUAUUGUCUUGUUAAAUUUAACAAGAGGAAACAGGUUUUAAUGAGCCAACCCUUGGCAAGCGGUGCCAAUUAAAGAGCGAAAUUCUGUUGGGCUGUCCUUCCCAUGUUCUUCCUCUCGCUCUCUCACAUGCACACACACUCUCUCUCUCUCUCUCUCUCUCUCUCUCUGUGUUUUCUCUUUCACUUCACUCCCUCACACAAACCCACGUCACCAAGUGUAGCUCAGCUCUGUGUGUUUCUGGAACAUUCUGAGUUUGUGAUGGGGAAUUGAG